UAUUUGAAGAGUAAAUAAUACGUAUUUCAAAACGAAAAGAAACAGUUUUUAAGCUAUGAACGAGGCGGAGUUUUCUCUCAGGGAUUUGCCCCAUCGAUCCCUCAACGAAUCGUUGAAGAGCAGUGUUUUUACUACGAUAAAACAAAUACGUACAGUUGCAGAGUUUAUAAACAAAGUAUGCUUGAUAAAAGAGCAUGCUGCAACACAACUUCUUGCUGCUGUUGAGACAUUUCGAAAAAAAGGCAAUGAAAUAAAGAAGGAAAGCCAAGGAGCAUUGGGUAGUAUAUCAAAGACAUGGGAAGAUUUACUCACUGAUACAGAGGAAGAAGCAAAGGAAUUAUUGGAACUUUCACAGAAACUUGUCAACAGCAUCAGUGUGCCUUUAUUUGAUCGUGCCUCAAAGAAAAAAACUCUUCUUAAAAAGGUGUUUUCUCAUCGUGAAAGUCUUGAGGCCCAAGUUGAUAAAAAAGAAGAAGCUCUCACAAAGUGUUUUAAAGAUUAUGCUGAUUCAUGGGGAAAAUAUAAAUUAUAUUCUAAAGAUCCACAAAAGGAGCAACAUGUGUCUACCAUCUGUUUCAACUGUCACAAUGAUUAUGUCUGGCAACUUUCUGGUUUCAAUAAAACAAAUGAAGCCUUGUAUGAUACAAUGAUUCCUGAGUUGCUAACUGAUGCACAAGAUAUUUUGAAUGAGGUUGGCAGUUCAUAUUCAACUCUCAUGAGACAGCUGACACAAACACACCAGGAAAAACUGAGCAACAGGAUUCAGAAACUACAAUCUUUGGAAGAAAUGUUCAGUUUGGUUGAUGUAAAUCAUGAUCUAUGUCAGUAUGUUCAGUCGCUUGGAGCAGGAAAAGUCAAAAUUCCCACAAAAUCACAUGAUAACCCAGACGAAUCAACCACUUCGGACGUUCUAGGGGUGAAAAUGUUGCUCAAUCCUUUGACGGAACCAGCUUUGAAGAGAAAGUAUUACCAGAUGAAUCAAAGGAUGUCAGACUUUGUAAACCAAGUCGAUAAGGAUCAAACAGCUUUGAAAUCACUGAGACAAUUGAAAAAUAGUUAUCUCGACAAUCCCUCGUAUGGAAACGCAGAAGGAAUGUCUGAAGAUAUCAUGAAAAGUGAUUUUGAAUUGAAGCAAAAGCGAGUGCACCUCGCUGUUCUCACCGCACAGUUAAAUUUGUUUACGAAAGACAUGAUACAAGACAUGGGUCCAAUGGAGAGCCAAGAUGUUGAAGAUAACGACAGCGAUGGUUAUACGACAGUUGAAAGAGACAAUAAUGAAAAAGCUGCUCACCAAUUUGUUACCCAUAUCACGAAAAAGCCAGCUUUGUGUGCUUACUGCAAAGGCGUUCUAAUUGGAAUCGUCAAGCCAACAGUUCGCUGCAAAGUUUGUAAAUUGAUUGUGCAUCAGAGGUGUGAAAUGAAUGUACCUUAUUGUUCUGGAGCACCACAACAGCGUCCGCAGUCAAGAAUUUUCGCAAUCAGAUCAAAAUCUAUCGACUCGAGAACUUCCUGCAAUGGCGAGGAAGAUGACGAGGACAGUCACGUCUAUUCAGAUAUUGAUAUUGCAAAACCUGCGCCCAAAGCUCGUAGAAGGCGGCACAGCGGUAGUUCGGCUGAAGGACGAGCCAUCUUUGUUAAUGGCAGUUAUGGCUCAUCACCAAGUAUCGUGCCUUCUCCUCCAGAGAUUCCGACCAAACCAGCUCUAAAGAAAAAACCAGAACAGUGUGUUAUUCUCUACGACUACGAUGGUAAUUCACCAGGGGACCUAACAAUCAGAACUGGCCAAAGAGUAACAUUAUUAAACAGUUCAUCAAUUGACUGGUGGGAGGGUUCGUACAAAGGAAAAGCUGGCUUCUUCCCGGCGUCUUACGCCUUGAAAAUGAAAGACGGAGAUAUCGUCGUCAAAUGCUUGUAUGACUUUGUGGGCGAGGAGGACGACGAGUUGUCUAUAUCCGAAGGACAGAUUCUAAUAUUGGUCGAGGACGAAGGUAAUGGAUGGAUGGUUGGACGGGGGAUCGACGGAGAAGGAAUAUUUCCUUCAACGUAUGUCGAGAAGUUUGUAGGAAGAUAAUCAUGUGAGACAGGUCUUCGAUAAAGUGUCGCUGCUAGACGCCCCCUAAAGCUUUAGUGGUUGUAAACUAGUAUUACGCCUGUUAAUCUAAAACGUGGUCGUAAAUGUCCCUUUGGACCAAAAAGGCAUCUGAACAGCAGGAACUGGAACAAAAGGAAGUCAUGGGCAACCAGACUUUGUGGUGUAAUUUCGCAAGUGAAUUUGGACAAAUGACGAUGCUUUUGAUAAAGCUUGUUAUUUACAUAUCCUGGUUUUACAGUGAGGCCAGCUUUAAGCGAGAUGCAAGAAGAAUUGCCCAUUAAAUAAAUUAUUCUUGUAGUUGUACAAAAUUGAGACAUUAUAGUUAUAGAAAUAGCAAUUUUAGAUGUAUAUAUAAAAUAUAUGAUAU